AUGUACAGAGACCCCACUUACGAUUCCCUCGACUCAAACAGCUACGCUGGCUCCGUUUGGUCCAAUGGCUACACAAAUGAAGAAACGGCCUCCCAGUUGUCUGGGUUGUCAAGACCCAGUGCAAAGUCAAUAUACAUGCAGAGGAAAGAAUAUGCAGAAUCCAUAAAAAAGCAAUUAGGUAAAUUCCAGUACAGAGUCGAGCACCUGCUCACCUGUGACUUAGACGGUAAGGAGAUGUAUGGGGUGGAUGACUGCAUUGAGAGGCUGGUAUUACUGGAUAACACGGAUCGAGUGUGGGGUCAGGACAUGAUUCUUGAAGUGCAGGAUGGUAACCUACUGUUGAGUGACAUUGAGACUAAGGAGGAGCUGGAGUGUCUACCUCUGAGCAGUGUGUCAGGGAUAAAGGCAGUGCCGGACUGCAGCCGGUAUAAGUCACUGCUCACAGUCACCGCACGGAUGCACAAUAAGAGGUCCCCCAGUGUCUUUAUGUUCCAGUGUGAGGCACUGAAGGCAGACGUUGUUGAGAAAGACUUGAAACGAGCACUUCGCAACAGGAAAGAGAAUGAUAAUCGCAACUAUCUCAGCAUGGUUAUUUCUGAUCCCGUAAUGGGCCAAAACCUGCGUAGAGAUUCCAGGAACAGCAGAGCCCAUGAGCCCACAGACUGGCCCCGAGCGGAAAGUUCUCCAUUUGAGUGGAGCGCUCCCGACUACGAUGAGACAUUGAAGGAAGACAGCCCUGUUCCAACAUCACCCACCUUCAGAAGAUCAGAGCCCAUGUCGCCACCUCUGGAGGAAGAACCAAAUCAGUCUCCUCCGCCUUGUUCACCUCCCCCCCCUGAGUUACUGAGAGAUGCGGAUAGACUGAAUCAGUUGAUCAACGACAUUGAAGAAUUCACCAACGAAAUAGCUGCAGUGGCACCAGAAAAGAAAAAGAAAAAGAGCAAAAAGAAGAAAGAAAAAGAUGUUGAGGUGAUGCCUCCUUUGGAAGAAUUUGAAACCUGUCUUAAGAAAUUCAAAAUGGCCUUCAACCUUUUGGGACAGUUGAAUGGAAAAAUCAGUGACCCCAGUGCUCCAGAACUCGUCCACUGUCUGUUCUCCACCUUAGAAUUUGUUGUGUCCCGCUGCCCCGAAGGCCUGCCCCCUACCAUUGUUUCUCCGCGGUUGACGAUGCCGUGUUUCCGAUUCCUGGGCGACGAGGUCACUCCUGAGGAGGACCGGCUGUGGCAGUCUUUGGGAGAUGCCUGGAACGUACCCGGGGGUGUUUUCAAAAGAUCUGAUAGUCUCGCGACUAACUUUAUGCGUGCGCUGUACGACUUCACAGCGAGGAACUAUAGAGAACUGACCGUCUCAAAGGGAGAAGUGGUUGAAUUGCUGGACACGUCCAAACAGUGGUGGAAAGUCAGAAAUGUUCAAGGGGAGGAAGGAUAUGUGCCAAACAAUGUCCUAAAGUCCUCAGAGAGGGACAAUAAACAGGACCCAAGGGCUGUGCCCCAUCUCACUAAAAGGUCCAAGCCCGAUGAAGUGAAAGCCUGGUUGGAGUACAAGGGCUUUAGUAAAGUCACGGUGAAAUGCCUGGGUGUGGUGAGCGGUUCCAUGCUACUGGGAAUGACGCGGGAGGAGUUAAAGACUCUUUGCCCUGAGGAGGGUGGACGGGUCUUCUACCAGCUACAGAAUGUCAAGUCUGCUUUAGCGGUUCGUGUUACAUAA